UGGAUUUGGAUCAAAGCCCAAACCCACGCCGGUCUCCUCCUCAAUCCUGAAGCCCUAGUUUUGCUUUCCCGCCGUUGCCUCCAGCUCCAAAGCGCCCUCCGAGCCCUCUCCGCCUGCCGACUGUUUACUGCUGCCGUGACAUCCGUCGCCUCGUCUCUUGUCUCCCGUCGCCGCGCACCGCCGGAAUCUUUCUCUGAUCCACCCUCUUUGAUAGUAUCAAUACCCAGAUUGACAAGCCGGACUAUUGUCGAGAACUCUCGAUAGAUAAGGAAUAAAAUUGGCAAUGGGGUUGCUGGACUCAUCUGGGGACUUGUCAGCGGAGAUGGAAGUGGAUGCAUUCAGGCGUCUCUUCCCACUACGCUACUAUGAGCGCCAUCUUGCCGAAUCUAUACGACCUGAUGGUCGGCCUCUUGGAAGGGCUAGAGAUACUACAGUGGCCUUGGGGGCUGUUUCUUCUGCUGAUGGAUCCGCUCUCGCAAAGAUUGGCUCUACUACAAUGCUUGCUGCCAUAAAAAUGGAAGUCAUGACUCCUUCCGCAGAAUCACCUGAUGAGGGGUGUAUAGCUAUUGAGUUCCACAUGCCACCAAUUUGCUCUCCCAUUGUUAGGCCCGGCAGGCCUGCUGAAGCAGCAGUAGUUGUGUCAAAGCAACUGUCUGACACCAUUUUGAGUUCUGGGAUGAUUGAUCUGAAGGAACUUGCUUUGGUCAGUGGAAAAGCUGCUUGGAUGGCUUACUUGGACAUAUAUUGUUUAGAUGCCGAUGGUGCACUUUUUGAUGCAGCAUUGCUUUCAGCCGUGGCUGCAUUCUCCCACUGUAAACACUUGUCUCCCUUCCUAAUAGUUCCUACUUCGUACACGUUACUGCUUUCCCUAAUCCAUGUGUCCGCUCGGUAUUCUCUUGCAGUGCAAAUCCCAGUAGUUUCGGUGAAUGACAAAGGAAAAAUAGUAGCCUUCACAGAGGAAGGUGAUGGGAGGAAGUUGGAGAAAGAAGCAGUUAACAAAGAGAAGAUAAAACUAACCCUCGGCAGCAUCCCUUUCUCACUUACAUGUGCACUACAUAAGAAGUACAUCUUGGCAGACCCCACGUCAGAAGAAGAAUCCAUCAUGGAAACUCUUGUGACGGUGGUCAUGGACUCGUCCGACAGACUUGUCUCGUUCUACAAACCUGGUGGACCCGCUCUUGCCUAUACUUCUCUUGUUACAGAUUGUGUAGCGUUGACGAGGCACAGAAUGAAAGAACUUGAGAAGAUCCUCGACGAAGCCUUUUCAGGGAUGGAGGUUGACUAGGUGUGCGGUGUGCCUACCCAUUUGAGUUUAUUUUUACGUUGAGGAUGGAUUGAUGAAUACUAGUGCAUUCCACCCGGUUGGUUGUUCUUUUGAUGUUCUCAGCGCAGCAAGGACUGCUGAAUUGCAGAACCACCAGAAUUGUUGUCCCCUGUUCGAAUACGUGCAGUCCUAACUUCACAAUUUUUGUGUUUUGGUCGUGGUGAGGUUGGGUCGGGUAGGGUUAGGGUAUGGGGGUGUGUAGAAAAGAAAUUAGGUUUUUUUUAAUGAAUGUAAUAAUGAGGUGAAAAAUAUAAAUUUUUUUUUUAUUUUUAAUAUUUUUUAGAAACCACGUC